AUGUUAACCCGACUCGAUGAUCCAAGAACGCAUCCGUAUGGGGUCCAAGAACGCAUCCGUAUCUUGAGGAGGAUGCAGUUCAUGUCAAUGCGUUACUCACAUCCGGAAACCAUCAAGGAGCUGGGAAUAGAGGAGGAUGUAAACGAUAUUCUCUACUACACUGAGCUCAGAGAAUUCACAAAGUUGGCCCUCCCGGCGUACAGAGAACCAGCGAUAGAGUUCCUCGCGUCCAUGAAGCUUAAGAAACAUCCUCAAGAGGCAACCGCUGAGCUCAAGAGAGAUGGGAUCGGAUACAUCACCUUCACGCUCCUAGGACAAGAGUAUCUGUUCAGCAUGUUGGAGCUGGAGACCAUUUACAAGUUAGAAGAGGAUGUGGGUCUUGACACCGAGAUGUGUGUGCCAGCAACAGAACUCCAUGCCCUUUGGAAGAUCAUAAGCUCAAGGUCCUAUCAGAUUUCCAAGAACAAGAGCGGUCACAUCAAGAACCCGGCCAUACGCUACGCUCAUAAGGUGAUCGCUAACACUCUCUUUGCAAGACAUGACUGCUCAAAUGUCACAACGCAAGAGCUUGAGCUGCUUGACACCGGCAUAAUCCAGAAGCUUGAAACUCUGGAAGACGGGGAAGAAAUGAAAGGAGACUUGAGGCACACAAGCAAAGCUGUUGUGAUGGUAAACUCCUUCAUGCACGUCAUGAGGAAUGCAGAGCUGUCCUAUGAACAAGGCAAGAUCAAGGAGGCACACUUGGUGAUUGGUAGCCUGAUCACUCCGAUCCUCCUUGCCACCAAAGUCAAGCUCCCAGCUCCUUCUCACCCGCCUACGUUUAUGGACCUCGCCUAUCUGAACAAGACUUGGUUCCUGCGUGGAAUGCACGACGGCAAGCAUGUGUAUCGCUUUGAGCAUCCCGCAUUUGGCAUCUCAAAAGUUCUACUACCAAACGUCGAGCUCACAAACACCAAUAACCGGGAAGGAAUCUUGUUUCUCCCGACUGCGGAUCAACUGUUCAUGGAUAGAGGCGACACAACGGUUGAGGAAGAACAAGGGAGAGAAGAAGCACACGAGCAUAUUGGCAUGCUUCAAAGGUGGUGCAAGAAACAGGAUGAGGUGAUCAAGAAACUCACCGAGACAGUCAAUGUCCUCAAAGCGAAACUCUCCUACAAGUCCCCUGAAGCAAUCAAAACAACAUCUCCGACCAAAACCGCAGAGCCAUCGUUGAGGAGAAGCAAGCGGAAGAAAAAAUACGACGCAUCGCCACCUCCAACGUCUUCCACCGAUCCAAUUGACCUUGAUGACAUUACCACACCACCCUCCCCGGAUCAGUAG